UGUGUGUGUGUGUGCUGCAGUGACAAUGGCAGUGGAUGUGUGACUGUGCAUGUAGGGGUGGGGAAAAGAGAGAGAGAGAGAGAGAGACAGAGAGCGUGCACGAGGCAGGAGGCGCUCCCUCUAAUCCCGGCUGCGACGCCAACCAGCACUGCGAUAGACUUAAUGGAGGCUCAGGCAGACUCCAGUGCUGCAGAGCCUCUUAGAGACAGAGAGUUCCAGAAGCUUCUGAAGUCCUCCAGCUCUGCCAGUCUCACCAGCGAGGCAUCCCAUAAUGCCUCAGGAGAGCAUGUCGGUACUCCGGCACAUCAUGGCAGCCAGGUGCUGAUCACAGAGAAACGACAGCCACUCAGCAGUGUGUCCUCUCUGGAGGUUCACUUUGAUCUGCUGGACCUGACGGAGCUCACAGACAUGUCGGACCAGGAGCUGGGAGAAGUGUUCGCCGACUCAGAUGAUGAAAACCACACAUAUUCCCCUGCAAUUGACCCCACAGACCGCCAGCAGCCGCCGCUACCCAGAUUCCCUCACAGCGGAUACGUGCGCUCGCCAUCAUGGACCCGCGGUGGAAAAGCAGAGCAGCAGACGAGGGACCGAAAACACCACAGCGACUCGGAAAACACCGAGCCCAUGCUGAAGAUAGAGCGCUCGCAAUCCCAGCAGCCCUGAGAACCACACAGCAGGGGCUUCUGGGUAACAAACACAGCUGUCAUGUGGAGAUUAGAGAAUCCCCUUCAAAAAUAGGAACCUUCGGGAUCCACACACACACACACACACACACACACACACACACACACGGAGAUCCCACAUCAAGAUGAUGCAAUCCCUUUAUUUAAUAUGGGCCGAAAGUGCACUCUUUCUUAAGAUGAUGGAUUUUGGGACACGGUGAUGUUCCAAAUGGGAUAUAUCGCCCUUUUAAGGGCACUAUGGAGGAAAUAAAUAAAUAAAUGGCCGCCAUAUUGAAGUGACGUUCCAAACUGAAGAGCUCAGAACUGACCACUUUUAAGGGCCCUUUGGGAAUUAAGGACUUUUUAGGAUAAAUACAGCUGAUGAACACUUGAUGCAGAAAAGCUGUUUGGUGUCACACAGUGCACUUAAUUUAGAUCCCUAUGCUCUAACCCCUUCAGAAGAACCCUCAGUAGGGAUUAUGGCGUAGGGAUGAGCCCUUCCCAAUGGAACCCAGUGUGAGGCUGCAUUCCAGUCCAAUUUAUUCACUCUGUCUUGCUCUUUCGAGAGUAUGUCAUUGAUUAUCACCCUAGUGUCCACUACUGGUGGAGCCCUAAAGCCUUGAGCACUAGGGAACUACAUUGUUGUGCCAACACAAUUGCAUUGCAUUCUGGGACAUACAGGUAGUGGAGUGGACAUUUGAAGCCGACUCACCUUCUUGGUCAAAAUCGAGGGAUCGAGUCCAUGCAAACUUCCCUCGAUCACUUGAUGAGGUGGAUCGCACUUUAAAAUGGUAGCAGGGAACAAGUAAAGGGAAGUUCGCAAAUGUGUUUCUAAAAGUGGACUGGAACGCAGCCUAGGCUGACACAGCGACGUUCCAAAUGGGAUAUAUCGAUGAACACGUCAGGCUAUGAUCCCUAAAGCAGGAAAGCUGUUUGGUGUCACACAGUGCACUUAAUUCAGGUCCCUAUGCUCUAACCCCUUUAGAGGGAUCCUCAGUAGGGAUUAUGGCGUAGGGAUGAGCCCCUCCCAAGGGAACCCAGUGUGAGGCUGCAUUCCAGUCCAAAUUAUUUCUUGUUCCCUUGAAUGUAUGUUAUUGGUUAUCCCCCUAGUGUCCAUCACUGGUGGAGCAUCUGAAUGGGAUUAAAUGGAACGCCCUUAACCCUUAAGCACUUGGGAACUACGACUGCAGUGCGUAUUUUGUAUCACUCGCUAACUUCCCACAGUCUCAUUCCUUUAUAUGUAUGGCACUGAUUGUUGCGCAAGUGUACACUACUGGUGGAGCAUCUGAAUGGGUUCAAUUGGAGAGCCCUAAACUCUUGAACACUAGGGAACUACACUGCUGUCCACCACAAUUGCAUUGCAUUCUGGGACAUGUGGAUGGUGGAGUGGACAUAUGAAGCCUUCUUGGUCAAAAUCGAGGGUCAAGUGCAUGUAAACUUCCCUUGUUCACUUGAUGAAGUGGAUCGCACUUUAAAAUGGUAGGGAACAAGUAAAGGCUUCAGGCUUUUAAGCAGGAAAGCUGUUUCGUGUCACACAGUGCACUUCAUUUAGAUCCCUAUGCUCUAACCCCUUCAAAGGGACCUUUAAGGGAUGAGCCCUUCCCAAUGGAACCCAUUGUGAGGCUGCGUUCCAAUUCAAUGUGUUCACUGUCUCAUCCCCUCGAAUGUACAUCACUGAUUAUGUUACACAAGUGUUCACUUUUGGCAGAGCGUCUCAAUUGGUUUAAAUGGAACGUCCUAAACCCUUAGGAACUACGGCUGCAUUCAGGCUAAUUUUGUAUUCCCUUCACUCGCUAACUUCCCUCCGUCUCAUUCCCUCGGAUGUACAUUGUUGAUUUUCACACUAGUGUUCACUAUUGGUGGAGCAGCUGAAGGGGUUUAAAUGAAACACCCUAAACCCUUGAGAACCACGCUAUUGUAACACCACAAUCGUGUUGCAUUCUGGGACAUACAGGUGCUGUAGUGGACAUAUGAAGCCGACUCUCCCUUGGUCAAAAUCAAGGGAUCAAGAUAAUGUACAAUUCCCUUGUUUACUUGAAGUGGAACGCAUUUGAAAACAGUAACAGGCAUUCCCCCAAGGGGACAAGUGAAGGGAAGUUCACAAGUGUGUUUCUAAAUGUGGACUGGAAAGCAGUCUGGGCUGCAUUGCAUUAUGGGAUGUAUAGGUGUUCGUGGACAUAUGAAGCCUACUCACUUACUCGGUCUACAUCGAGAGUCCAUGUAAGCUUCCCUUGUUCACUUGAUGAAGUGGAAAACCCUUGAAAAUGGCUUUGGGGACUUCCUCGAAGGAACAAGGGAAGUUCGCCAGUGUGUAUAAGUGGAUUGGAACGCAGCCCGAGUCUUCUCCAUGUGCCUGCUGCAUUAUGGGAGAUGUAGGCAUGAUGUAGCACUACACACCAACGCCUCAAACUAAAGAGGAUUUCACAGUCAAGGAUAAAAGCAAUGCGUCACAAACACUGAGAAUACAAGGAUCAGUUCAGUUCAGUGUGGGUUAAAUUUCCCUGCUGAAAGUCCAAACACUGAAGAGCAAAUCCACUGAUCUGAGCAAGCCAGUGGUGACGGUGGAGGAGCCAACUUCACCAACUGAUGAAGUGAAGGGAAAAAAAACCUUGAGAAAGACCAGGCAUUGUUGGACACGACCAUUACACUUUUAGCCAAACUUACUGUGUGGAGCUGCAGUCUAGGCGCCGGAGGCUGGAGAAGCUGGACGUCCAUCGUGGAGAAGCUACAGGUGUGAGCAGGUCACCGGCCGGUGGUCAGACUGGUCCACAGGAUCAAUGCGGAGACUCAUCGGUCAUGGUGGUCUUUCAGGAAUCAGUCAUGCUCUCCUUUCCUCCAUGACCCCCACAGCAUCAGCUCGGGAUACGGCCUGGUCCAGGAUUAUGGAUACCUUGAAAUCAUCUCUUCCCUUGGAUCGUCAAAGCAAUUGUGGGAAGCAGAAUAAUCGUAUUUUAAAGUGAAAACUGUAUAAUUUUACUUACCUCACUGGCAGAUUAUUUCGAUGAAAGCAGUGAGUAAAUAUUGACAGAAUUGUCAUUUUGAGGUGAACUGUGCCUUUAAAUGUGGGAGUGAUUAGAGAAUCACUAUAUAAUAAGAAACAUUUUGCCC